UGCGGAGUAGUCACGUGUAGUGAAAGCGGAAUUUGUGUGUGUGUUUAUUUUUUGUUCCUCUACGGAAACAUCAUUUUAUCGACCUCGACUUGAGCAAGCGACAGCGAUAUGGGCGGGGGAGAUCUGAACCUGAAGAAGAGCUGGCACCCGCAGACUCUGAAGAACAUUGAGCGGGUGUGGAAGGCAGAGCAGAAGCAUGAGGCGGAGUGCAAGAAGAUCGAGGAGCUGCAGAAAGAGCUGCGGGACGAGCGAGCGCGGGAGGAUAUCCAGAAAUACGCAGAGGACAGCGGCGCCAUCAAGAAAAGGGAUGAACGUCUAGACUGGAUGUACCAGGGGCCUGGGGGGCAGGUGAACAGGGAGGAGUACCUGCUGGGCCGCGCCAUCGAUAAGCAGAUCACUGAGAAGUACGAGGAGAAGGAGGCGGGACCCUCCUCGGAGACGGGGCUGCUCCCUGGGUCCAUCUUCACAGCAGGGGGCGCCACCUCCGCCCUCGACAUGGCUGCCAAGAUCCGGGAGGACCCACUCUUCACGAUCCGGAAACGAGAGGAAGAGAAGAAGAGAGAAGUGUUGACCAACCCUGUGAAAAUGAAGAAAAUCAAAGAAAUGCUGCAACAAAACCUGGAAAAGAAAGGCAAGAAGAAGAGCAAGAAAAACAAGAAGGACAAGAAGAAGAAGCACAAGAAGCAUCGUCGGCACAGCUCAAGUAGCGAGGGCUCCAGCAGUGGAGAAGAGGAGAGUCGCCCCAGAGAAAAAUCGCACAAGACGACAAGCAGCCCUCCUCUUCCCUCCUCUCGUCCACAAGCCCCUGGUUAUGGCUUGCAGAUCCUUGUUAAUGACGCCCGUCACCAUCGAGACGCGACACCUCCUGACCACCAGAGAACAGCACAGAAGCACAGAGGUGGGUCCAGGAGCCGCUCGCACUCCCCUCACAAGCACACCAGCAGGGGCACCAGACGCGAGGAGCCGAGGGAGCGGAGAGGGAGGUCCCCGUCUUCACCCCCCCCGCCAAGACACAGCAAACAUGACAAGACGGACAGAAAGGGCAAGGAGAAACCAAGAAGCCCACCCCCCAAGAACGACAGGCACUGCAGACACCAGGACACCAAGCCAACAAAGAAGCUGUCCGCGGAGGAGCUGGAGCACCGGCGUCGGGAGAUGAUGGAUUUUGCACGCUGGCGGGAUGAGGAGAGAGUCAACAACAUCAAGAGGUACAAGAAAGAAGAGGAGGAGGAGAAGGAGCUGGAGAAGCUGGACUCCCGUGACGGCAAGUUCAUACAUAAAAUGAAGCUGGAAAGUGCCUCCACCUCAACGGUGGAAGAUCGCGUGAAGAGGAACAUCCACUCGAUCCAGAGGACCACGGCCGCUCUGGAGAAGAACUUCAUGAAGAGGUAGUGGAGAGAGCGAGGGAGAGCUUCAGAACGCACACAACACCAGCUAGCCACAUGGCUCCUGCGCGCCCGCUGUGUAACCCGUCACUGCUGGGUGCAAUUCGGCGGCUGCCUGGGCAUCGGCUUUGGACACCAACGGAGCUAUUCACCAAGCAACCCUUGGGCCAGCCUCGGGGGGGGGGGGGAAAUCAAUGUUACUGUUGAUUAGCCAGCAGACUCUGUGGAGAAACCCUGUCUUGCGUCACAAGCAGGCCUUUGGUCAGUCUCAAUUGUAAUGGUGCAAUUUGUAAUUGUAAUUGCACUUGAACGUGGGCAUACAUGCGUAAUGAUAAUUGCAGUGACUGUAGCAGAAUUGCUCGGAGAAAUAGGAUUGUAAUUGCAAUUUCAACAAACAGUUCUGCUCUAAUUGUAUUUAUAAUAGCCCCCAGGUCUGGUCACAAGCAGACUAUAAAGCCGUCCUUCUUUUUUAAAAUUGUAUUUUUAAUUGUUUUAGUUGCUGUAGGCAGGUUUAGCGUUUAACUAAUCCUUGAUUUAUUUUUAUUUUUCAUUCCUGUCGAUUUGCCUCUUAAGAUUUGAAUUAAGUUUAUAGCCCUGCUGUAUAGCCAGGAUUGCUCUUUGUGUUUCUCAAAGACACGAGUGUGCUUCCACGGCUAUGUGCUGUAAGCUAGAUUUGGUUAAACUUUUCGGAGUAAUUUCGAGAAGUGAAUUUGCCCAGCCACCCAUUGUAGUCUUUUCUAUUGAUCUUUGACAAGACAUUAGUGAUGCUUGCUGUAUUACUGGGAACAAAGUCGCUGACUGCUGCCCUGUUGUAUACUUGUCAGGCCAGUAGCCUAGCAGAUUUGAAGUGGUUAAGUUUGUGCUUUGGCGCAUUAAAAACCCCUCUCCUAGACAUAGGAUACUGGCAAAGAACACUGCCCACCGCAUAGUAUUUUUAGGCAAAUUCUGUCCCAACAAAUGGUUGAAAACUAACCGUAUUACUCAGGGUAUAAAAACAAAACUAUUGUGAUAAUUUGUGAUGUUAAACCUGUUACUACCAGCUAACAAAAGACUUGCUAUACUAUUAAAAACAUGUUUUGAUUGUUAAGUUUUCAUUGCAGUUCCAGGGACCUUAAAGGAAUUUAAAGCAUAUUUUCUUAAGAAUUCAAAUAUAUUCAGCAAUGUAUUUUAAAUUGUAUUUUCUGUACAGUUACUGAAUGUAAUGCCAGUGUCACUUGUUGCUAAAGAGAUUAUAUAUAUAUAUAUAUAAUCUCAAUAUUUUAUAUAUAAUAAAAUUUGGGUGCAAUUGGAUAAGAAUUAUAUUAUUUAGAUUUACUACAGUGCUCUGUUUAUUUACUUUGUAACCCUGUCAGUACUGGUACUACCUUUCUAAGAUCUGCCGUCAACAUGUAUACCGGUUUAUAUUAAAGAUGUUUUUUUUUUUUUUUUUUUUUUAAACUUCAGCAGCAUUCUAAGUUUGUCUAAGGUGGAAAAGAUUUGCAACAGGCCCCUGAAUUUCCUUAAUAAAAUCUGA